AUGUGUGCAAGAUGGCGCAGCUCGAGUGCGUGCUGCCGGCUUGUGCCCAAGCUAUGGCCCAAGUACAACCUCGACACAGGUGAGCAACGGCUUGCUGUUCUUUGCACUGUCGUCUACCUGCUUGUUGCGGCACUCUGGGGCUGGGAUCAGUAUCGGCUCGUCCAGUAUUCCACGGAGCAUCCAACUUUCAGCUAUAAUGAGGGAUCUUUCGCCGACGAGGUGAUGCCACAGUUCAACAUUACAAUCAUUCCUCUCACUAACUUCAACAGACAAAAGUACAACUGCCACAUGGGCAGAUCCCAGUUCCAAAUCUACUUCGUUGGCGGCAAUCGAAGUGUUUACAUUGAUACAGACCAACUCCCUAUAGAUCAUUUGAAGUGGCACGAUUUUGGAGGGGACUCCGUUCAUACAGGGCUCUAUUAUACCGUCCUGCCUCUACCAUUCCGCUUCGCCUUCCGGAGACGGUCUGCGGGGGCUGUGGAAAGCUACCAAAUAUUGAAUGAUUGGUGGCUGCAAGGCCAAAAGUGCUUUGAUGGCUCCUUCCAGCCGACAGAGUGCCCCCGAGAGUCCUCGCGGGUGGACUUCUACUACACCUUUCAUCAGAAUGUCGAGAACGACACUGCGCAUUGCAUGCCGGACAUCCGCGAUCUCUUCUUGACCUCAGCUGACGCAAGAGAGGUGCUUGAGAAGGCCACUGCGUCGAUGACCUUUGAUUUGGUCGCCUCUCCAGGGAGCAUCGUGCCGAUUCUUGCAAGGUCCUUCAGGGGUGGGAUGUUCAUCCCAGCAAAUCCUACACCUGACAGGGGGUGCCGCACCGUUCUGCCAGUGUCAAGUGUCGAGACCAACAGGUUGGGUAAAAUAACACGUGGAACGGACUUCGAAGAGUCGAUGCAAGCAACAGUUCAAGGGGUGUCAUUUGAACCAGUAGAAGGCUUCUGUGGCAUGACAAUGAUCCCUCUGACAAAGAAGACGGCCACCUACUACGCACAGUACGGCCCACUGGACGCACUGACCCAUUGGUUCACGGUCAUGCACGCAUGCUUAGCAGUCGUCUUCUGCCUCUUCAAGUCUUCGCCAAUAGUUCCCUAUUAUUACAGACAAGGGCGCUGGGCCGACGCCUACCGAAAGUUACUUGACGGUGCUGCGCAGCGUGAUCUCGAGCUCCAGGGCAUAGAAGAUCCUGGCCACAUGUCUGCUCCCGGGCUCUUCAUGUCAGAGACAUCGGAGACCCCACCCUGA